UCGCGUGCAUAUGCGUUUCACUGCAUUUGAAAAUUAAAACAGUUAAAAACUGAAAAUAUUUUGAGUGACAAUUGUGUUAUAUAGUACAAUUAUAUUCACGCAGUUCUUAAAAAAAUCAGAAGGAGAAUCAGCUUUAAAGAUUAAAACAAUGGAGGAGAAGGAAGAACAGCAAUGUACUGGAAACUCAAGCAGUACUCCUAGUUCAUCAGGAAAUGCUGUCAGAAGAGGUGGUCGCCAAAAAAAAGAUUACAAGAAGUUUACCCCAGAAUUGAUAGGUCCAAAAAAUAAAAGAAAAGAUGCAAUAACGGUAACCAAAAAAAAUGCUGCACAGGCAGAUAAAAAGGCUGCAAUACAGAAAAAACGGAAUGAAGACGCCGGAGACAAAUUUUUUCUACAAAAAUAUGACGAGGCACGGGCUCUUGAAAAUGCAUCUAAUUCCGUGGAAAAACAGUUGCCGUCGACGGCGAAUUCAGCGGAUGUUAAUCAGUUGAGAGAAGAAAUGCACGAGAAACUGGAUGACAUGCGUGAAAUACAAACAAAGGAUACAGAAUCUGUACGUAAUGAAGUAAAAGAAUUGAGACAAGAAGUCUGUCAAUCUAGAGAUGAAAUAUUAGGCGUACUUAAACACAUCGCAGAUUACAAUGCUCUUCGAGAGUCUCACAAGAUUGUACAGGGAGUUCCAAUACGAAGUAAUGAAUACAUGUAUGCGGAGCACGCGACGACAUUAUAUGAACGUGUAAAGUGGUUGGCAUUGGGGUAUUUCGACGAAACGUUGCACAUUAUUCUCUACAUGGAGAAAAAGAGCACUGUUCGAGAAGAGGGAAAAGCAUAUAUCACUCACACGGAUUGCAACAAUAUUUGGAAAGUACUUCUGUACUUACAGAAACAGGAUGAUACUAAUAUACCCGGAAAUCUCAACACGACUUACCCUGCUAUUAGAAAGUUAAUAAGCGCAGUUUUUCGGCACUACAGAUACGACCACAAGGAUUCGUCUCCUGCCAAUCAGGUUCGCAACGAAGGCACGGAAGAAUAAGAGUUUUCUGUAAGAGUAUUACAUAUUUUUUAUACUAAAAAUGUCAACAUAGU